GUUAACAACGUAUGCAAAAAUAAGCAUAUGGAUUGUUGGAGGGGGUGAGGUGAGGUUAUGCGUCAGCGCACACGUUCAUCUCCCUCUGCUAUAUUUAUUGACCUUUCUUCAACUUUUCCCCAAACUUUCAAUUUUUUCAACUCUUUCUUUUCUUCCACUUCUUUGUUUCAGACCAAAUAUGCAACACCAAUCAAGCCAACUUAACAUCUCUGUUACAUGGAGGGGAAAGAAGUUUGUUGUAGAGAUGAAUAUAGGUGCCACUGUGAAGGAUCUAGGGCAGGAAUUACAAAUGCUAACAAAUAUCCAAGAAGAUACCAUGCGGCUCAUUGUUCCACAGACUUCUGGCAGAACAUCAAAACUCAUAGCCCCCUUUUCAACGGAGCAUGCACUUUUAAGUUUGCAAGAAACUUCAAUUACUGAGGCCAGGUCUAUUAUAAUGAUGGGCGUAUCUACAAAUGAGGUUGAAGAGGUUCUACAAAAUGAAAAAGCAAAUUUAAGAAUAGCUGGAUUUGAGGAGGAGGAAAAAAGAAUGAAACAGAGAAUUUCACAUGGACCUUCUCUUCCAUUGAAACUUCCACAAGGGCCCUAUAUAUUUUGUGAAUUCCGCACACUUGAAAUUCAGGGAUUAGAGCUGAAUCCUCCCCCUUCUGAGUCACUUAAAAGAAUGCACAUGCUGGCUGCAGAUCCUGGAAUUGUUGCUGUUAUGAACAAGCAUCGUUGGCGUGUAGGAAUUAUGACUGAGAUGGCUCCCAUUGGUUAUGUUGGUGUUAACCCAAAAUGCAUUCUUGGUUUUAACAAGAAUCAUGGGGAGGAAAUAUCAUUGCGUCUUCGAACUGAUGACCUCAAAGGCUUCAGGAAAUAUGAAAGGAUCAAGAAAACUCUACUGCAUGAACUUGCUCACAUGAUAUACUCUGAACAUGAUGCAAACUUUUAUGCUCUGGAUAAGCAGUUAAAUCAUGAAGCUGCUAGUUUAGAUUGGACUAGAUCUGCAAGCCACACUUUGAGUGGAAUGAGGAAUUCUGCUGUCUAUGAAGAUGAUUUUGUAGCAGACGCUAGCAGUAUUUCUCAGAAACUUGGAGGUAACGAGACAGAUAAGCUAAUAAGUGCUCGGGAAUCUUCAAUCGCUGCUGCUUACCAUCGGAUGGCUAAUGUUUCUGCCUACAAGUUGGGAGUGUCUGAAGUGAAUCAAGAGUUGGAUCCUGAUUACUCUAGUUUUAAUAUGAGUGAAAAAUCUGAUUGUAUAUCUGCCUCCAAAGAAAUCAAAGAUAUUGACAUGCCCAUGAUUGUUGAGAGAGAGCUUGAUGGUGAGCCUGACCCUGGUGAUCAAAGUAUGAAUAUUAUCAAUGGAAUAAAAGACGAGCCAGAUCCAGAUGAUUCUCAUCAUGAUAUAACUGUCGGUUAUGAUACUACUUUAGGAAUUACUGAUAGCAGAACUGUAUUUGUACAAAAACCUAAUGAUAUUGGUGUAGCCCAAGCUUUGAAUUCUGGGACAAGUACCGUGAAUAUGGCUGCAACAUACACAUCUAAUGAUCCUGAGCCAGAUGAUUCAGAAACAUCUGUGAAGUCUAUUGCUCUGGCUGCAGAAAUAAAUGUGAUGGCAGAACCUGAUCCUGAUGAUGUGGUUCCCACACCAAAAUUAUCUACCCUGCAAACUGAUGAGCCAGAUCCUGAUGACCAAGAAUUUCAGAGGAUAAAUGAUACCACGGCUGCUGUCUAUAGCCGUUUAUUGAAGGCCCUGGAAAUGUUAAGAAGUACAGCUAGUCCAACACAGGCUUCUUCAGUCCUCCAAACUCUCUUGAAAAUAAUUAGGAAUGUGAUUGAACACCCUGAGGUGGAAAAAUACAAGAGAUUACGGAAGGCUAAUUCAGUCAUUGAGAGGAACAUUGUAAAUAAUGAAGCUGCCUUGGAAAUUCUCAUUUUGGUUGGCUUCACUGAAGAUGUUAUGUUUGACAAUCUUGGGAAGGAAGAAGCUUACUUGGUGUUGAAGCGGAAUGAUCCUGGCUUAUUGUGGUUAGCUAAGUCCAUCCUUGAAUCACGCUCAAGCAUAGCUUGCUAGCUCAAAAAGCAAUUCUGAAAGACAGCAAAGUUGUUUCUGGAAGUAUGCUAUAUACAAGAUUUCCAUUGUAAGAUAUUUGGGUGAGUAAAGGUUGACAUUUCGUAUUGUCAGUCAGUCACUUGUCAAAUAGAUGAUAUUGAACACGUGGAAACAAUUGAAGUCCACACUGAAACAUGGUAUCAUAUCGAUGGUACUUUUCCAAUUGUUGAUUGUUCAUUGUACAAUGUGGUCAUUCUGUUGUAUUCUAGCGAUUGUCAAUAAUUGGUUAAAUAAAAGGAAUUUAUU